AUGGCUCUUCAUCGUGUCCUCACGCUUUUGCUAGGCCUCACUGCUGCCGCUCAAGGCCAUAUUUACAAACGAGCUGUCUCGUCUGAACCGCUUCCGCCCAGUGAAGAUCCAUGGUAUACCGCCCCAGAAGGCUAUGAGAAUAAAGAGCCCGGCACUGUUCUUCGUCUACGCCCUGCGCCCGGAAAUUUGACCCGCAUCACGGGAAACAGCUCCGCGACGUACAAUAUUCUAUACCGCACUACAGACAGCCAGUACAAGCCGACAUGGGCCGUCACGACGCUCUUCGUGCCUAAGCUCGGGGCCAACAGCUCUGCUGCGAAGCUGUUCAACCAGAGCGCUUUGCUCUCGUACCAAGUUCCCUACGAUUCAGCAGAUGUGGAUGCUAGUCCAAGUUACGCAGUGUACUCCGCAGCUGGUGUCAGCAGUCUAGAGCUUUUCAACGCUGCUCUAGGUCUUGGCGUUUUUCUCAGCGUUCCCGACUACGAAGGUCCUCUUGCGUCGUUCACGGCGGGUGUCAUCUCCGGACAUGCGACUCUUGAUUCAAUCCGCGCUGUUCUCUCUCUCGGUCUUGGUCUUGACACAACGAACCCUCGCGUUGCGCUUUGGGGAUACUCUGGCGGCGCGUUGGCUAGUGAAUGGGCUUCUGAGCUUGCUGUGCAGUAUGCGCCUGAUCUUGAAGACACAGUCGUUGGUGCUGCGCUUGGCGGCUUGACACCGAAUGUAACCGCUGUCCUGGAUGCUAUUUCUGGCAAAGACGCUGCUGGUCUUGCGCCAAGCUCCAUCCUCGGUUUGACAAGCCAAUACCCUGACGUACAAAAGUACGUUCUCUCUCAAUUAAAGACAUCCGGAGAAAACAACAAGACUGCCUUCCUAGCUGCCGAGAACUACACCCUCGCUGAAGCAGGCCGCGCAUAUGCAGGAGUCGAUAUCUUCGACUUUUUCAAGGACGGCGAAAAAUUGUUCCGCGAUCCUCGCGUUCAGCGCAUUAUCAACCGCGAUGGAAUCAUGGGCUACCACGGCGUUCCCCAAUGGCCCAUCUUUGCGUACCAGGGUGUCCACGAUGAGAUCAGUCCGAUUGCCAACACCGAUAAGCUCAUUGAGCGAUACUGUGGCAUCGGUGCUAAUAUCUUGUAUCAACGAAAUACUGUUGGCACGCAUUCGCAGAACUUUGCGCUUAAUGCUGCAACGGCUAUUCAGUGGUUAGCUACUGUUCUGACGGGGCAGUAUGAUAAGACGUACAAGACGGAGGGAUGUACUAUCCAGAAUGUUACGAGGAACAAUACUGCUCUUCCGUUGAGGAAGAGAGGCAUGCCUAUGAGGGUUUAUGAUUUGUGGUGA